AUGUCUCAUAAACGUUCAAAACGAUCAAAAACAAUAUCCGUUAAUGAAAACAAACACGAUGAUGGAAACGAAGAUAAUGACAACGAAGAUGAAAAUAACAAUGAAGUGAAUAUUCAACAAACAACAUUAACUGCAAAUAUAUCGGAAAAUGAAUUAUAUAAACAAAUGAAAGAACAACAUGUCACACAACACAUGGAUGAUGUUCUCAAUUUAUUACGAAGUCAAUCGAAGCAACUAUUCUUAAUCGAUUAUGAACAAAUGAAAAAACGGUAG